AUGGUACAAAUAUUGUUUGCCCCUUUGGUGAACGCCGCAUCUGUAUUGGCGGUCUUUGGCCUUAUCUCCACCACAUCAGCAACGUCCUCAGGGUACAAUUGUAAGGCCGGACAAUCUUGUUGGCCAUCGAACAAAGAAUGGGAGAGUUUCAACAGCAGUCUGUCCGGAAACCUGCACCGCACGAUCCCCUUUGCCGCAAGCUGCUAUUAUAGUUCUCAAUACUAUGACCCUUCAGCCUGUGAUAUCGUCAAAUCGAACUAUUCAACAAACCAAGCACGAACCGACGUAUACGGCGCAGCAACAGGACUCAACUGGGAAGGAUGCCGGUCCCAAACAUGUGCCCUGAAUGCUUUGAACCCGGCUGAGGUCAUUUCCGACAAUUGCUACCUUGGCCGACUAUCGUCAUUGUAUGUCGAUGCUAGGGAACCAAGCCAUGUUGUUACCGCUGUGAAAUUCGCCCGAAAACAUCAUCUUCGGAUCACGAUCAAGAACACAGGACAUGACUACUUUGGACGCUCUACUAGUCCCGACACUCUUGCAAUCUGGACUCACAAUAUGAACAAUAUGAAGUAUCACAAAAACUUUACUGCGUCCAAUUGUCCUGCCUCGAACGGUCAACAUAUCGCAGAGAUAGCAUCCGGUGCUCAGGCGACGGACGUCUACACCUAUUUCACAAAGUUCAACAUGGAUGUUACCGGUGGCAAUGAAGGGUCGGUUGGCCUGGCUGGCGGCUUUGGUCAAGGAGGUGGCCACGGCGUCUUUGGUCCCAAGUAUGGUCUGAUGGUGGAUAAUGCGGUUGAAUUCGAGGUCGUAACUGCAGACGGCAAAUUGCGAGUAAUCAAUCAAUGCAAUGAUCCCGAGCUCUUCUGGGCCAUGCGAGGCGGAGGCGGAGGCUCCUUCGGCAUUUUGACAAGCUAUCGCUUUCAACUCCAUCCAGCGGUCAAGAUCAACGUGUAUCAAUUCGAGGGCAGCUUCACGACACACGGGAAUGAAACUGCCAAUUACCCUGCAUUGAAACAGGUUCUCACGCAACACGCAACCUACCAACCUACCUGGUCUCAUAACAACAUCUCAGGACAUGCUUACUACUGGCCAACCAAAGCUGAAAUUUACCUUGUCCUGCCUUCGAACAACGAAACAGCUUUGAAAACUCUGACCAGUGAAUUUUCCUCCUUUUUGGAGCAUCAAACAAAUAUCCAGGUCACCAAGAGCAAUUACACGACAUAUCCCAAAUAUACCGAAUUCUUACAGAUUACCGAUGGGAUCGCUGCCGAAUACACACCGGGCGGAAUCUUUGAAGCUGUUGCAGGUCGACUGAUCCCGCGCUCAUUAUUUGAGAGCAAACGCAAAGUCGCAGACCUAGUUGAUGCCGUCCUUCAAGGAGUUCGGCUCAGCAAUAAGCUACUCCCCGCAGGUGAUUCCCUCACCCAAAUCAUCAUGACCACGCCUGUGAAUCGCCAAAAUGGCAACACGACAAGUGCCAAUCCUGCCUGGCGCCCAGCUCUCUGGCAUACUCUCAUGACAGGUGGAUGGACUAGUGAACUUGGUGUCCAAAACGAGACAAAUCUGCUCGAGGCAUGGUUGGAUACUGUCGAGCCACUGAAACGUUUGACGCCUGGUGGAGGGUGUUAUUUGAAUGAAGGCCAUUACUUGGAGCCGAAAUGGCAAGAGACCUUUUUCGGAUCGAAUUAUCCUGAGUUGCUUCGGAUAAAGAAGAAGUACGAUCCUACCCACUUCUUUGACUGCUGGAAAUGUGUUGGCUGGAAGGGUCCCUCGGAGUAA